UCAAGCAGAAAAUGACUCUUAAAUCCGCGAAAAAGGAUCCAACGGAGCAGGAGCCAAAAUUCGACGCUGAAAAAAGCAUUGAAGAGUCGCUGGAGGCUCUGAUUUCCGCCUUGCCGCCGCUCUCAACAGACGAUGUCAGAUUUUUUACCGUAAAAAGUGAGCAAAUUAAGAAGAGAAAGAAGACGGGUAAAAUCCCGGAAAAUUGUGAAAAUUUGAAGAAUCUUGAGCAGGAAUUGACUGAAACAAAGUCAAAACUUGCGAAAAAAGAAAUGGAGCAUCAAGUUCUCUUGCAAGCGUAUACAAAAAUCGCCAAAGAGAAGGAUGAGGAACCGACGUUGGAGCAAAGUCUGAAACAAGCCGAGCCCAAUAAAGUGUGCAUCUCCAGAGGAAGCCAGACCGCGAAAAAAUAUGAUCAUUUGAAAAAAAUCACGCUGGGCGAAUCUUUUUGCUCAUAUCGAUUCGAUAAAAUGCUCCAACAAGGAUCACGAGAACAGUUUUCAGGAUUUGAGCACACGUUUAGCGAAUUUAGAGAAUGUUAUCGAGAAAAAUACGACUUCUCAAAACGAAAGAAUUAUUGAUUUAAUCGAGGCGUCCAAAAAAUCGAAAAGCUCACAGGAUGCGAUGUGGGAAGCUAUUCGGAAUAAUAAGCAUGUAUCAAUGUGCAAUGUAGAAAUUGCGAAUAAAUUCACUAUGUUACGAGAUGAUGUGGAUUCGAUAGCUGCCGAUCUAAAUUCAGUUUGCAGGGAAAUAUCAAGACUGUCUGUCGGCCAAAUUGCCAAGUCAAGAGAUGAACUGACGUCGACGGUGAAAAAUCUGAGUUCGAUUUACAAAGAUUUUGUGGAUCUUCGUUUCGGUUCAAGCCUUGUGCGGCGAUAUGAUUUGGAAAAGAUUAUGGCCAACCAGAAGCUGAUUCAAGAGAAAUUAGCGGAGCUACAAGCCGGUCAAACCUCAUUUGCCGAAUUGAUUUCUUCAAAGUACGAAGAAUUCAUGGAUCAAAGUACAUUCUGGAAAGUUGCUGAAGUUUCAAUGGUGAUCGUUCUGAUUUGGGCCAUUUUCAAGAAAAAAGGAGCCAGUCCGAAACUCGAGAUCGUCAAAGCUCCUCCAAUCAGGCUUCCACCUGUCAAAUCUCCAUCAUUUUUCGAGCGUCUAUUUUCCUAGACUUUUUCGUGUAUAUUGUUAUUUAUUGAAAGUGAACAAAAAUGUAU